ACGGGUGUCCACCCGUGUCCCCAGCCAUGCCCACCGACCUCAGUGGCACCUGGAACCUGCUCAGCAGCGACAACUUUGAGGGCUACAUGCUGGCCCUAGGCAUUGACUUUGCUACUCGUAAGAUAGCCAAACUGCUGAAGCCACAGAAGGUGAUUGAACAAAAUGGGGAUUCCUUCACCAUUCACACAUACAGCAGCCUCAGGAACUACCUUGUCCAAUUCAAAGUUGGAGAGGAAUUUGAGGAAGACAACAAAGGCCUGGACAACAGAAAAUGCAAGAGCUUGGUUACCUGGGACAAUGAAAAGCUCACCUGCGUGCAGAAGGGGGAGAAGAAGAACCGAGGCUGGCGCCACUGGAUUGAAGGGGAUAGACUCCACCUGGAGAUGUUUUGUGAAGGCCAAGUAUGCAAACAGACGUUCCAGAGAGCCUGAGCGCAGCACAUUUGUGGGCACAGCUUAAUGUCAAAUUAUAUUGCAAAAUAUACCUGAGUUUGUCUCGGUUUGGUGACGGGGCUUGCAGUUGGAGAGAGGUUACACAGCUUGAACUAGAAGCCAUUUAACAUUGGAAGAAAAUUUUUCCUUCAAUAAACCUAUCCAGGUGACU